AGCCCGGGACUUCGGUAAACAACCACCACAAAAAAACGAGGAUUCACAUCACCAGGAGAGAAAUGGGCUCGGCCUAAGGACUUGGUGUUGGCUGACAGCAGGACACGCUUCAACUAAGGGGCUCUGCUUCCAAGCACCCCCAGAGACAACGUAGGGAGGACCUUCCAGGCUGAUUCAGGCUCACCGGCUCUCGUCGCCCUGGUGGCCCUCCCCAGCCCUCCUAUGCGCCUGCUCCGGGUGGCGCUCCGCUGGGCUCCUCGUGCGCCUGUCCGCGACCGCACCCACCGCAUCCUGGCACCCCCAUCGUGGCAUCACAUGUUCCGUCAUCUGUCCUCAUGGCUGGCGUGUCUCUCUGCGGUGGGACCUGCAGAACAGGAAUUGGUGCCGGGUCAGCAGCCGGCAAUGAAACCGGACGAAGCCUGCAAACCCCACACAUACGCCAGCUUCACAUAGCUUCUCUCCAUUGCACAGCAGCGUGGGAAAGCACCGUUCUCUACCCUCCAAACAAAAGCAUGAGCCAGGUGCAGUGACUCAUGUCUGUAAUCACAGCAUUUUGGGAAGCCAAGGUGGAUGGAUGGAUGCCUUGAGUCCAGGAGUUCAAGACCAGCCUGGGCAAUAUGGUGAAACCCCAUCUCUACUAAAAGUAGCCAGUUUUCAGCUGCCCCCAGUUGCCUGACCAGGCUGCCUCGACGGCCCCAAUCACAGGCCCCAGCCUCCUCACCGGGCUGGAAGGCGACAACCGCGAAAAGGAGGGUGACUUUCCUCGGCGGGGGCUUCGGGUGACAUCACAUCCUCCAAAUGCGAAAUCAGGCUCCAGGCCGGCCGAAGGGCGCAACUUCCCCCCCUCCGCUCCCCACCGGCUCCCGCGCGCCUCCCGUGGCGCCCGAGCUUCGAGCCGAGCCGCGUCCUGGGGAGCGCGUCAUGGCCCCACCCGUGACCGCCUUGCUCCUGCCGCUGGUCUUGCUGCUCCACGCCGCCAGGCCAAGCCAGUUCCGAGUGUCGCCGCUGGAUCGGACCUGGAACCUGGGAGAGACGGUGGAGCUGAAGUGCCAGGUGCUGCUGUCCAACCCGACGUCGGGCUGCUCGUGGCUCUUCCAGCCGCGCGGCACCGCCGCCCGCCCUACCUUCCUCCUAUACCUCUCCCAAAACAAGCCCAAGGCGGCGGAGGGGCUGGACACCCAGCGGUUCUCGGGCAAGAGGUUGGGGGACACUUUCGUCCUCACCCUACGUGACUUCCGCCAGGAGAACGAGGGCUACUAUUUCUGCUCGGCCCUGAGCAACUCCAUCAUGUACUUCAGCCACUUCGUGCCGGUCUUCCUGCCAGCGAAGCCCACCACUACGCCAGCGCCGCGACCACCCACACCGGCGCCCACCACCGCGUCGCAGCCCCUGUCCCUGCGGCCAGAGGCGUGCCGGCCAGCGGCGGGGGGCUCAGUGAACACGAGAGGGCUGGACUUCGCCUGUGAUAUCUACAUCUGGGCGCCCUUGGCCGGGACCUGCGGGGUCCUUCUCCUGUCACUGAUCAUCACCCUUUACUGCAACCACAGGAACCGAAGACGUGUUUGCAAAUGUCCCAGGCCUGUGGUCAAAUCAGGAGGCAAGCCCAGCCUUUCGGACAGAUACGUCUAACCCUGUGCGACAGCCACUACGUUACUUCAAACUGAGAUCCUUCCUUUGGAGGGAGCAAGUCCUUCCCUUUCAUUUUUUCCAGUCUUCCUCCCUAUGUAUUCAUUCUCAUGAUUAUUAUUUUAGUGGGGGUGGGGUGGGAAAGAUUACUUUUUCUUUAUGUGUUUGACGGGAAACAAAACUAGGUAAAAUCUACAGUACACCACAAGGGUCACAAUACUGUUGUGCACACAUCGGGGUAGGGUGUGGAAAGGGGCAAGUCAGAGCUACCCGCAGAGUUCUCAGAAUCAUGCUGACAGAGCUGGAGGCACCCGUGCUAUCUCAACCUCUUCCCCACCCAUUUUACAAAGGGGGAGGCUAAAGCCCAGAGACAGCUUGAUCAAAGGCACACAGCGAGUCAGGGUUGGAGCAGUAGCUGGAGGGACCUUAUCUCCCAGCUCAGGGCUCUUUCCUCCACACCAUUCAGGUCUUUCUUUCCAAGGACCCUGUCUCAGGGCGAGUUGCUUGAGUCUCCAACUGCAAGGGAACAAGUACUUCUUGAUAGCUGGGAUACUGUGCCCAGAGUCUCGAGGAGGUAAUGAACUAAAGAGAACUGCCUGUGGCAGAGUUAUAUAGUGUAAACAUCAGACUCUUUUUUUAAUAUAAUCAAGUCUAAAAUUCUGUAGACCUGAAAUAAAAUGAAGGGGUGAGCUUAACCCUUGAAAUCUAAUCCCUCUGUCUCUAAAGAAAAUCUCUGUGAAACCCCUACAUGGAGGCGGAAUUGCUCUCCCAGCCCUUGCACUGCAGAGGGGCCGCUGAAAGAGGAGAGGCCACUCCUUUACAAAUAGAAUUUGAGCAUCAGUGAGGUUAAACUAAGGCCCUCUUGAAUCUCUGAAUUUGAGAUACAAACAUGCUCCUGGGAUCACUGAUGACUUUUUAUAUUUUGUAAAGACAACUGUUGGAGAGCUGCUCGCACAGCCCUGGCCUCUGCUCAACUAGCAGAUACGGGGAUGAGGCAGACCUGACUCUCUUAAGGAGUCUGAGAGCCCAAACUGCUGUCCCAAACACGCACUUCCUUGCGUACAGUAUGGUACAAGCAAUGCCUGCCCAUUGGAGAGAAAAAACUUAAGUAGAUAAGGAAGUAAGAACCACUCAUAAUUCUUCACCUUAGAAAUAAUCUGUUAAUAUGGUAUACUUUCUUCCUGAUUAUUUUCUAUGCAUACGUGUAAAAUAUGUCUUUCUUUUUAAAAUGGGAUUGUACUAUGUUGUUAUAAGUGGCUUUAAUGAAUAAACAUUUGUAGUAUCCUCUUUAAUGGAUAAAUAGCAUCC